AUGCAGCAUAUGCUCAGAGUGUUGAAAAAUUCCCUCGAAGCAGAAGUUUUCUUAAGAACUCUCAUUUGGUUUUACGAUGUAUCUUCUUCCGUUUGUUUGCCACUACUGAGUACUGACGAUGUUCUGUUGAUGUUACUGUUUCUAGAUUGUAUGUUGUAUCAGUUAAGUAGGGUGGAAAGUCAAUUUGGAGCCAUACAAAGGAUUGCUCUCAAUUUACAGACAGAAGGUCGAUAUAGGAAUUCUUUAAAGCUUAAAACUGUUUUUAUAAUAAAUCCAACUUUAGUGACAAAUAAAUUCCUGCAAACUCAACAUUUCGUAUUUUUUUUGAGUUUUAUUUAUUUUCCGUGCUUCGACGUGAAUAAGUUUUUAUGUUUAUCGAAGCUGGAGGGUGAAAAACUCGUCCGAUCAAAAGCUUCUCUUCUUCAUCUUUUUUUACGGCUGUUAAACAACGAUAAUCUUAAAAGUUAA